GUGUCAGAGACUAGCUGAGAUCUCUGACUUCACUAGAACCAGUGUGAGCUGGUUGUGUGAUGCACUCUUUGACCCCGUGACCUCUCCUGUACUGGCUGUGACCCCUGACCCCGUCCUGUGCAGGAUGCAGACGUCCAGCACCACCUGCAGCCUGGGCUCGGCUGACGAGAACGCGGUGAUGCAGGCGGACGACGCGCUCAAGACGGUCCACCUGGAGCUGACGGAGACCUGCCUGGACAUGAUGGCGCGAUACGUCUUCUCCAACUUCUCUGCGCUGCCCAAGAGGUCUCCCAUCGCAGAGUUCCUGUUGUCCGGUGGCCCCAGUAUGACUUGGCUGGUUGGGAAUAAGUUAGUCACCAUAACGACCAGCGGCGGCUCACGAACCCAAGCUCUUCUGGGUCUGGACAUGGUAGAGAGGCCCGGAGGAGGAGGAGAAAUGACCAGGUCUGACCCGUCAUUACACACCCGACAGACGAAAGAGGCUCCUGCUAAACUGGAGUCGCAGUCGGGCCAUCAGAUCAGCAGCAGCACUCGCACCCGCGUCCGCUCCAUAUCAGGUGGUCACGCUCUGCGGGCCGGUCCGGCUCAGAGUCUCAGUCCUCUGGUGGCGUCUCCUGAGGGCGAGUACAGCGGGCCGCUGCCCCCGCCGGGCCCCCCGCUGGAGGUGCUGGGGUCCCAGAGAGGAGUGGAGGAGCACCCGGCGCCCUCCGCCUCGCAGUCCUCAGCGCCGCUCAAAGACAAGUCCAGCCUGGCCGAGUUUGUGCCCAUGCUGACGCAGGGCUGGGCCGAGAUCUUCAUCCGCAGACCCUCAGGUAACACCAGCUGGCUGAUGUGUCUGGAGAACCCGCCGAGCCCCUUCUCGUCUGAGCUGGGGAACGUCCCGCUGCAGGAGCUGUCCAGUGUGCUGAUGGCCAUGGAUGGGGUGAAGGAGCCCCAGAGCGAGGCCCCUGUGCCCCAGCCGCAGGGGAGGCCCUGCCCCAUCCAGCGCUCCAACACCGAUUCGGUUGUGCUGGAAGAAGCUGGACGGAGCAGAGCGACUGAGUCCAAAGAGCUGGAGGAGUUUGAGGCCGUAGCGUCUGAACCCAUAUUCAUGAGCGCCGCUACAACACCAGCCGGCUUACUGAGCAGAUCCUCCUCAACCUCCAGUCAGGACGAUGAGAAGUCGACUCUGGAGGAGGUGAGUGAGGGCGGUAUCCCCAUCGAUCAGCCUCCGCCGGCGCUCUCCACACCGGGACAUCAAGAGACUGACGUGUCAUUAUCUCAGGCCACCACCCUGAGCAAAUCGAGCUCGUCCCCGGAGCUGCAGACUCUCCCAGAGGCCUUCACCAAGGCUGUGGCCCAGAGCGCCUCCGGCGGAGACCUGCUGAGCUCCAGGAUCCCGACGGUCCAGGCCAGCGAGAGAGAGGCUUCGGUUGAAAGCACCUGGCCGGGAGAGAGCGUUAUAUCAGCCGGCCCGUCCAGCUCCAGCGCUAGCGUCUCCGUCUCCUCGUCCUCCACCUCCAGGAUGAGGCUGGAGUUUCCCACGGCUCAGCCGGGACCCCUGUCUCCCGCCGGACACAGACCCCGCGGACACACCAUCUCAGUGUCUGCGCCCUCGUCCCGCAGGGAGAGGAAGAUGGACCGAGACUCGUACCACAACCGAGGAGGACCAUCCAACAUAGAGAAGAGCUCAGGACUCAGUCCCAGCUUCGUCUUCCUGCAGCUCUAUCACUCUCCGUUCUUUGGCAAUGAAGCCAACAAACCCCUCCUGCUGCCCAAAUCUCAGCUGAUCGAUCGUGCCGUUAAAGUCCUGGAUCAGAUGCCUCCGUACGACACUCACAAGAUCGGCGUGGUGUUUGUUGGAGCCGGGCAGGCGAAUAACGAGGUGUCGAUCCUGUCCAACGAGUACGGCUCCAACCGCUACGCUCAGUUCCUCACGGGCCUGGGAAAGCUCAUCCACCUGAAGGACUGCGACCCAGACCAGAUCUUCCUGGGUGGACUGGAUCAGUACGGAGACGACGGAGAGUUCACCUACUGCUGGCACGAUGACAUCAUGCAAGCGAUUUUCCAUAUAGCCACUCUGAUGCCGAACCGCGAGAGCGACAAGGGCUGCUGCAAUAAGAAACGCCACAUUGGGAACGACUUUGUGGUGGUGGUUUACAAUGACUCCGGAGAGGAGUACAAACUCGGCACCAUCAAGGGUCAGUUCAACUUCGUGGAGGUGCUUAUAAAGCCUCUGGACUACGAGAGUAACCUGGUGACGCUGCAGUGCCGGAAAGAUCUGGAGGGUUUGGUCGACACCAGUGUGGCAAAGAUCGUUUCUGACCGCAAUCUACCGCUGCUCGUGAGACAGAUGGCACUCCACGCCAAUAUGGCAUCGCUGGUGCAUCAGUGUAGAGCAAACCCAUCAGACGCCUACGCUUCAAAAUGGCUGGCGAGAUUGAGACACAUCAAGAGGAUCAGGACACGGGCUCAAGAGGAAAUUCAGUCGCGCCCCACUCACGCAAUCUCUGUGACCCAAAGCCACGCCCCCAUGCAGAAUAAACCCGCCCACCAGCCCUCCGGCUCUGCUCCGAACCCAGAUGCCAUUCAGAGGAAGAGGCUGGUGUCCACCGUCGACGAUUUCACAGACUUUGUCUAGCGAGAGACCAGUGGCGUGUUUCUAACUGAGACCGAGAGAUACGCUGCGUUCCCAUCAGUCCAGACAAACCAAUCCACUCCUGAAGGCAGAGGGCAGUGAGGUUUGGUGUUUGUAAGAUUUGAUCACCUUUAAUACAACCCAGUGUGCCACAGGAAGUAAGAGAUCCGCUCAGCCUCACUCAACGCUGUGACUGCAUGAAUUAAUUUCACAAAGCGCUGCUCUGACUGCUGACAGAUGGAUGUAAACGCACGCACUGGCAUUAUCAGCAGCCGUUUUUAGCAGUACGACUAAAUUGCACACGGUUAACACGCUUUCCUGUCUCUGCCCAUCUUCAUUCAUCCACACCUUUCUUUCUCUAGAGCAAACUUGUGUUGUUCACGCACUCAUUUUCUCUUGUUGUUUUUCUCUGAAUAUAUGAAAAUGGUCUGUGAUAUUAACCGUCCUACCGUUUUGCUUGGUUCCUGUUGUUUUCUUUGUGUGUGUGUGUGAUGGUUAUUGCUUAUCUAAUGAGUUUCUAAUAGAACAACAGAUUCGCAGAACAACAGCUAGUACGGUAAACCGCAUCAGAAGUGUGUGCAUGUGUGCGCUUCGCUACCAAAUAAAACACUGAAAUGUGCAAA